GCGCGCGCGCCAAUCGUGACUCAUCGGUAAGCGUUCUGCGCACAAUGCCGUCCGAGCAGUCCAGUCGCGACGCGGCAUACUUAGAGGGCACACAUGUCAUUUAAUUCACGUUUUUCCGUUGGGUACGAUCGACGGAACUUUAAAUUUUUGACUUAAGUUGUGAAUUAAACGUUGGUAGCAGAGACAAGUGAAAUCUUAACUUUGACGAUGACUGCUGUGAAGAAGGUACUGGCCAUGCGCCAGCUGGACUCUAUGUUUGGAAACAUGAAUAUAGAUGGAGACGGCCGGCGCUCUCCGUAUGUAAGCUCUGUGAUAGAGCACGACCCGCAUUGUGAUGUGCAUGGCUCCAGCCGAUGCAGCACUCCUUACCGUUCUUCACUCUACCUUCACAGCAGAGAGUCUACUCCAAGUUAUUACAGAGAUUCCGUUUCACCUUCAAAUGGCCUAAUUAUCAGACAUCGUGAUUCACUGGGCAUGUCCGGUUCACCGGUGCGAGAGAUACAGCAUCCUUCAACGUUCCCGAGCUUGCUACGUCGCGAACGGCACAGCCCGUCUGUAACUCCCCCUCGCCGCGAGACGCCCAGUCCCACUCACAGACACAAUAAGAGGCAUUCUAUGGGCUCCUUUAACAACCUUACUCGAAGCAACAUAGUCAACUACAACAGAAGGGAUUCACUCUCCGGCAAUGGAGUUAGAGACAUGAAACGUGACUAUGUUGGCUCCACCAGCUCAUUGUCUAGAAAAAGCUCCAUAGACACAAAGAAAUCGUCAUCUGACUCUCUGGACAAUUGGCACAUCACAUGGGAUUCGGACCGAAAUAAUUCAAUAUCUUCGAAUGACGAAAGGCUGUCAUUUGGAUACAAUAAGGCACAUAACAAGAAUGGCGGGCAUCAUAACGCACCCGUAUCUUCAGGGCCUGUGGGCGUUGGUGCAGAGGUUAACAGUUCAAGGCCUACAUUCAAACCUGUCACGGUUCUUGAAGACUUACAAGCAGUACGUUGUGCUGAGUUCCACCCAAGUGGUAAACUAUAUGCUGUUGGCUCCAAUACCAAGACAUUAAGGAUAUGCACGUACCCAAAAGUUGAAGAUAUCAAAGACAACAGCACACCAAUCGCGCCCACAGUGCUUCUAAAGCGCACGAAGCACCAUAAGGGCAGUAUUUAUUGCCUAGCAUGGAGCCCUGCUGGUGACCUUCUUGCCACGGGCUCCAACGACAAAACUGUUAAAUUGAUGCGGUUUAACAGCCACACGUGCAAUCUUGAAGGACAAGAGGUGGAGCUGACGAUGCACGACGGUACAGUGCGCGACGUUUGCUUCAUUGAGGACACAUCGAACAAGACGAGUCUGCUCGUCAGUGGAGGCGCUGGCGACUGCAAGAUCUACGUCACAGACUGCGCAACUGGCAAGACAUUCCAGGCAUUAAGUGGUCACUCUGGCCACGUGUUGUCGUUGUACAACUGGGGUGGAGCGAUGUUCGUCUCUGGCAGCCAGGAUAAGACUGUCCGCUUCUGGGACUUGCGCACUGGCGGCUGUGUCAACAUCAUCUCGCCUCCUGCCGCACAUCCUGGCAAGGGUUCAGCCGUGGCGUCGUUAGCGGUAGACCCGAGCGGACGGUUGUUGGUUUGCGGACAUGACGACGGCAUUUGCGCGCUGCACGAUGUACGUGGCUCGCGUGCGCUGCAGCGCUUCACGCCGCACUCGGGAGACGUACGCAGCGUGCGCUUCUCCCCAGGCGCGUACUAUCUGCUCACUGCGGGAUACGACGGACGAGUUGUAUUGACUGAUCUGCAGGGUGACCUAACAUGUCCGUUGCCGAGCGUGCCAGUGGCCCGGCACCCGGAUAAAGUGAUAUCUGCCCGAUGGCAUCCGGACGACUUCUCAUUCCUCUCCACAUCCGCCGACAAGACCGCGGUAUUAUGGACCAUCCCACACGCUUAACCUGCGUUACACCUUCGGCCACUGGCCACGAAGAGCUUCGUGACGAAUUCUGAUUAACUAAUCGGCUCCAUUUGUUGUGGUUUUAUUAUAACACAAUAACUGUAUCGUCGUACGAAUAGUUUUACGAACUAAGAUUUAGUUUUUAUAACACAAUUAACAAACUUUGUCCUAAUAAUGACAAGGGCAUAUCUCUUAAGUUCAUAGAUACGCACAAGAUAAACAUUAUUAUACAAUAGCACGUCAUUGGAAACCUUUUAAGGAGCUCCACACAUCUGGUCCUCGUUCUCGCACGAGCCCUGGGUGCGUGUGGAGCUCCUAAGGUUGCACUUAUGAAAGGUAUGAACGUGUAUUUGUAGUUUUCUUUAACAUUAAUACACGUUGCAUACGUGUGGAAUAUGUCCGUGACAAAUAGGCCAGCUAGGCGCCACCAAUUUGCCACUCCGUGAUUCAGUAUGAAUGAUAGUCUAAUUCCAAAUUAAAUUUAGGCCUUUCGUGUAAGUAUGUUGGUGGCUUAUUAUAUAUGAAGGACGUACAAGAAAAAUGCAAUUUUGGAUAAUUUGAAAAUAUCCGAUUAUUUUUUGUUAUACAAGAACUACAUAAGACAAUAACUUAAUAGGAAAUGUACUACGUAAUGAUCAUCGUUAAACUAUGUUUUAUAUUAUCAAUGGCGCACUACUUGUGUAGUGUACAGCGUAAAAAAUCCUUUUACCUUGUUCCGCCUGAUGUGGUUCCGUUCAAUCAACUGUUCCGAACAGCUGAUACGUCCAAUGGCACGUCCGCGCGUUUUCGGAUGUGGUUUCUAAAUAUAUUUAUUUAAUAAAAAAUAUUUUUUCUCUUAUUUUUUCUGACCAAUACUUCAUCAUUUCUGAUCUUCAGAAUUUUAAUUGUGCUUUUAUUUACACCCGCUGUAUAGUAAUAAAUAAUUUAGCAUAACCUAAAUAAAAUGCAAUUGAACAAAAUACAGUAACAAACUUUAAUGACGUACUAAAUGCCUAAUUGGUUUUUGCAACUGAUUAAUUUUAUUUGCCAACUUAUUUAUUCUUACAAUGAACAAACUUUAUACAGAAAAAAUAAAUUAAAAUUAUUACAGAGAACUAGCUAUAAAACAACACGCAUUCUUAGACAACUUCGUUUGAUUACCCACGCGAAGAAGUGGUUCAUUUGCUCGAGUACAAUACUUUAGAUAAAUGUGUAAUAUAAACUGACCUUAAUCAAUGUUGUGUGCUAACUAAGUGUUUAUAUGUACGAUGCGUAUGGUUUAAGGACUGACUGUUAAAGUUCAUGAAUAUACACUCACUGGCACAUUUAGCAGGACAUUUGUAAUAUUCGAAAAUAAUGAAGUGUCAUUUCAAAGGCUUGGCCGGUUAUUUUCAUUUUUAAUUCAGGUCUAAUUUCAAAAUAAAAUAAUUUGUCGACUGUCAGUUUUAAUUUUUUUUAGUUGCUACUUAUCUGUCCAGUAGUUCGAGGUUGUUAUUGUGUUCUUGUAAAUUUCACUAACUUUACUUGAUUUCUUAUUUGUUAAACUUUGAUUCUGUCAAUAUUAAAAACUGUUACAAUUUUAUAGUUAUCAGACCUUUCUGUAUUGUCACAAAAUAAAAAAGGUGCAUUUUGUGUAAUUUCGAUUUUUUCCAAUAAAAGUAAGGCUGUUUGUACUAAGUCGAUGUUAAUAUAAUUCCUACUUUGUGCCUAGUACUUAUUUAUUUAAAUAUAAACGUUACUAUUUUAUAUUCUCACUUCUUUUUUGCUCCGUUUAAUCUACCGGUGAACUAUGAUGAAGGCCAUAUGCUUCACGCUUUUGUUUAUCGUUUAUGUCACACGUUUAGAUUGAAUGGUUAUUAUCUAAUAAGAAUACCGAGAACAAUCUGUUAGCGCUUCCACAUGCUCCAUAAUAACAUAUAGACUUGAAUAUACAAACAGACUUGUUUUCACCUCUUUAAUGGACUAACUUAAUGAUUAUAAUUUGUUCUAAUGAAAUGAUGCUUUCAUGAAGCUUUGUUAUUUCAUACCGACAAUUGAAACAAAAGCUUUAAAUCUUUAUAUAGAAAGGUAGCCAACUAUUGAGAACAAUAAAAUGUUUUGGUCACCGCAGUAAGAUAUGUUAUAAAAGUUGCACGCAAAGUUGAACAAUUGAAAAUUAUACAUGCUGGAAAAAUUCUUCAAGUCUUCGCUUUAUCAGUCCUCCUGACGAAUCGUUAUAGCAAUCAGAGGCAAUUUUAACAGGGAAUCGUAUUAAUGGUUUACCACGUCAAAUAUUGAGCUAUAUCUUGUGACAAUCACAUAAUAAAUAAGUUAUAUUCAUAUACAAACAAUGUAGUCAAACAAUUAAUUGAGAAUAUUUUGUCAAAAUUUUCGGAUACUGCAGUGAGGAGAGGGAUAUGAGUAUGUCAUAAAUUAUGACUCAUAAUAAAUAAUUAAUUUUGUACGAGUAUAACAGUUUUAGAUUAUAAGAUGUGACUGCUACUAUGUAUAUUAUCGAUACCUCGAAUGAACACUACGCCAAUUAAAUUUUUUGGUAAUCUUUGUUUUUAUUUGCUUUUUUCGAAUUUAGUUUUUUGUUUCUCUGAUUCCCCCCUAUGCAAUUCGGGAGGGGGGGCAUAGUAAAUAAAUUGCCUUAGUAUUCAUUGGAGGUGUGGUUAUGGUGGUACUCACGAAAUACAUUAACAUAAAAAAUCAUCUUAUCAAAUGUGACUGUAUAUCGUAAAACAAAUAAAUGAAUGCCACCAAAAUGGCAUAUGUAAUUAAAUUAAUAAAGAUUAAUAAAAUUAAUUAUAAAAUUAAAUCUUAAAGAUUUUAAUGUUACUUAAUGUUAAAUUAUACGAAGUAAUGCAUUCUAAUUGUAAGGACUUGGCACGAAUAUAUGUAUUAUGAAAAGUAAGGCUACACCUAAACCAUUGUUUUUAUAAUACGAAAUUCAUUGUUUAGACAAACAAACAAUGAUUCCUCAUACAUUAGUUUCUACUUUUUAUUAUAUUUGUGCUUUGUCUAUAAUGCACACAAUGGUAUAGUUAUAAAAUAUUUAUAUUCAAAAUUAUGAUAUAUUGUAUUCUUAUGUAUUAUGCGUAUAAUGUUAUAGUUUAUGGAAAUUAUAUUUAACAAGUCGAUAUUCACCACAUUGAGUACAUUUUAUUUAAAA